AUGGACGAAGAGUUAAAAUGUCCUGUUUGCGGUUCUCUGUUCAAGGAGCCAAUCCUGCUGCCAUGCUCUCACAAUGUGUGUUUGGCAUGUGCUCGAAACAUCACCGUCCAAACCCCGGAGGGAGAGCCCCCGGUCCAGAACCGGGCUUCGGCCAGCUCUGACUAUGACUACCUGGACAUGGAUAAGAUGAGUCUGUACAGCGAGACGGACAGCGGCUACGGCUCCUACACGCCGUGCCAGCUCAAGUCUCCCAACGGUGUGCGGGUGUUCCCGCCGACCGUGCCGCACCGACACUGUUCCCUCACCUGCCCGCUGUGCCACCGGAGCGUCUCCCUGGACGAGCGGGGGCUCCGGGGCUUCCCGCGGAACCGGCUCCUGGAGGCCAUCGUGUCACGGUACCAGCAGAACCGCGCGGCCGCCGCCGCCGCCGCCGCCUCCAGUUCCGCGGUGAAGUGCCAGCUGUGCGACCGCAACCCCGUGGAUGCGACGGUGAUGUGCGAGCAGUGCGACGUUUUCUACUGUACCGCCUGCCAGCAGCGGUGCCACCCGUCCCGCGGCCCGCUGGCUAAACACCGCCUGGUGCCGCCGCCGCCGCCGCAGAACCAAGCGGGAGCGGCAGCAGCGGCGAGCGGAGGAAGCGGCAGCGGGGGAGCCGGCGGUCAGCAGCCUCCUGCAACCGCGCGGAAACCGGCGACGUGCGCGGAACACGAAGCGGAAAACUUCAGCAUGUAUUGCUGCAGCUGCAAGGCUCCAGUCUGCAUGAAGUGUAUGGAGGAAGGAAAGCACGGCAAGCAUGACGUCAAACCGCUGGCCGUCAUGUGGAAACAACACAAGUGCCAGCUCUCCCAGGCUCUGAACGGUGUUUCUGACAAAGCAAAAGAUGCCAAGGAGUUCCUGGUGCAACUGAAGAACAUGCUUCAGCAGAUUCAGGAAAACGGGGUGGAGUUCGAGGCCUGCCUGGUGGCUCAGUGUGAUUCUCUGAUCGAGGCUCUCACCCGGCAGAAAGCCAAACUGCUCACCAAGGUCACCAAGGAGAAGGAGUACAAGCUGAAGGUGGUGCGGGACCAGAUCACCCACUGCACCAUGAAACUGCGUCAGACCACUGGUAUGAUGGAGUUUUGUUUGGAGGUCAUCAAGGAGAACGAUCCCAGUGGCUUCCUGCAGAUCUCAGACGCUCUGAUCAAGCGGGUGACAUCGUCUCAAGAUCAGUGGGUGAAAGGGGCCCUGGAGCCGAAGGUGGGCCCCGAGUUUGACCUCACCCUGACCACCGACUCCCUGCUGCAGACCAUCCUGCAACUGGACUUUACUCAGAGCAAAGUGGAGUCGCUGCCCUCGGUACCGGUGGCUCCGCUCCUGCAGCUGGAGAAAUGCUGCACCAGGAACAACAGCGCCACUCUGGCCUGGAGGGUAACUGCGCCCUGCAGCAGCCCCAUCGAGGGCUAUGUGCUGGAGCUGGAUGACGGCAACGGAGGGCAGUACAGGGAGGUGUAUGUAGGGAAGGAGACAGUGUGCACAGUGGAUGGUCUACAUUUCAACAGCUCCUACAACGCCAGGGUCAAAGCCUAUAACUCGAUCGGCGUGGGGCCAUACAGCAAGACCGUGGUGCUGAAGACCUCUGAUGUGGCCUGGUUCACCUUUGACCCCACCUCUGCCCACCGGGACAUCGUGCUGACCAAUGAGAACCAGACAGUGUCCUGCAACAGCUACGAUGACCGUGUGGUGCUGGGGACCGCUGCUUUCUCAAAGGGCGUCCACUACUGGGAGGUCAGCAUUGAUCGCUAUGACAACCACCCUGACCCGGCGUUCGGCGUGGCAAGGAUCAACACCAUGAAAGACAUGAUGCUGGGGAAGGAUGACAAGGCCUGGGCCAUGUAUGUGGACAACAACCGCUCCUGGUUCAUGCACAACAACUCCCACACCAGCCGGGCUGAGGGAGGCAUCACUAAGGGCUCGACAGUUGGCGUCCUGCUGGAUCUGACCAAGCACACGCUGACCUUCUUCAUCAACAAGGAGCAGCACGGACCGACCGCCUUCGAGAACCUAGACGGGGUCUUCAUGCCCGCUGUUAGCCUCAACAGAAACGUCCAGGUCACCUUACUGACGGGCCUGGAGGUGCCAAAGAAUAUUAAACAGUAGGAGCUCCUUCCCCCUCUGAAGGUGGCCUGGAUACACACCAACCGUGUCAUAUGGAAGCUCACUACACUCCCUACAUGGACUCAUUCCAGUAAUGUCAGACGGGAUACCACAUUACCCCUCUCCCAGCCCCCUCAAGGUGCCCUUGGUCUUGGACACACUUCA